CUAAAGUCCACGGAACGGCGUGUUGAUGAGGUUGUCUGCCAUUGAAUCCACCCUGAUUCGUGCACGCAGUAUUGUCAUAGCAUGAAUCCAUGUAAUGUCGUCAUCAGGAAGAUCCUACUAAGUCACAGGAGACUAUUUUUAGAUGGGGGACUUUUGGGGAGGAGAUCUGCGUUGUACGCAAACGGUGGUAGAGCUGUUGGUGCCCCAGUCUUGGCAUCGGGUCACCACACUGUACCCUGCUUCACCUCGCACCUCAUUAGAUGCUGUAGACCCACAGAUCCCAGCAGAAUGAGUGCUCCCAUUCCAAUAGUGCGAAAGGGUAUCACCCUUGCCCCAUUUUCCUUGGCCUCCUUCAGUUGUUCCGCUGAUCGGCCCUUCACUCCGUCCCCUCUUCCAUCUCCCAUGCCCUCUCCUCCGUCUUCUCCUCCUGCCCCAAACUCUCCUUCAGGUCUAUUGCAGGCAGCAAAGGAUACAUUACACCGUGCUGUGUCAAAGCGUGGAUCGAAGAAUAGCGUCCUGACCAUUGAUGAAGACAUGCGUGAAAUGUGUUACUUUUACUCCCAGCUGGGGUCAGAUGAACGCUCAGAUUUUCUGAUCUAUAUGGCAACAUCACUUUCAAUUGAUCAUAAUAAUGUGCAGGAACUGAUACAGCAACGACCACAGGCAAGAACCAGUGAUGCUGACCUGGAUGCCCACUUGAUGCGUUGGGAGGACCGCCUGAGGCAAGCUCUGCAGCCACCGCAUCACUGGGUGGCAUCUCAAGUGUCACGGCUCUCAGGAGGUGUCAAGUUCCUUGUUGAUAUGCGUCAAGAUUUGCUUACAACACUCUACACUUCAUCCUCUGACCCUACUCACUCAGCUGCGCUUAAGACUCUUGAUUCAACACUGCGAGAAUUGCUUUCUCUUUGGUUCACAGUUGGCCUUCUAAAUGUACAGCGCAUCACUUGGGAAUCCUCCUGUAAUAUGUUGCAAAAGGUCUCAGAGUAUGAAGCCGUACAUCCUGUCCGCAACUGGACAGAUCUGAAACGUCGUGUAGGUCCAUAUCGCAGGUGUUUCAUAUUCACCCACUCCUGCAUGCCUAAUGAGCCUCUGGUUGUCCUUCAUAUCUUCUUAACUAAUGAGAUAUCAAAUUCAAUGGCAAAGAUAUUGAAAACCUCAAGAGCACCUUCUUAUGAUGAAAGUAGCUUAAGUAAAGAUACUGAGGAUGCUUCAACUAUCAGUACUGCCAUUUUUUACUCAAUCACAUCAACACAGAAGGGUUUGCAGGGCAUUGAAUUGGGCAAUUAUCUAAUCAAGAGAGUUGUACGGGAACUGAAGGCAGAGUUCCCACACAUGAUGCAGUUUUCCAGUUUGUCACCAAUACCUGGUUUUGUUAAAUGGCUAACUGGGAUGAUGGCUCGAGCACAAAGAGAUGAGCUGAGCAUAUUUACCGCAACUGAGGAAAAUGCUCUUCAACUCCAUCUGGAUGUGAGCUCUUCAUCUCAGGUAUAUGACCGACUGCGCAAAUUAUUCACAACGAAUGGCUGGGUGGAAGAACCUGAUUUAGUGAAUUGCUUGGAAACGCCAUUAAUGAGACUCUGUGCUUAUUAUCUUUAUAAUGAGAAGAGACGAGGAUAUGCACUAGAUAGUGUAGCAAAUUUCCAUCUAAAGAAUGGGGCAGUCAUGUGGCGAAUUAAUUGGCUUGCUGACCGUUCUCCUCGUGGUUUAGCCAAUUCUUGUGGUAUCAUGUUGUAUAAAUCACCAAAUAAUAUUAACCCUUUCAUGAUGGGUGACGCGCUAGGUGUGAAAAGAAACCGCACGAAAAGUGCAGUGCGGCUGCGGCUGUACGCUGCGGCGGCAGCCAGUGAUUCGGCCUGA